CUGUAAUUUCGUCCCUGUGUCGCUUUGGGCUAGCCUGUUUAAUUCCAGCUUCCACAAGGCGCCCCCUCAUCCUCCCGAUCUGCUUGGAGAUCAACACCUUGCCGCUCACCCAACUCGACGGUCGAACCCUGCUGUCUGCAGCUGUGGUUCCAUCUACAUACGACAACAUAUUCUAGGCUCGCCCUGGGUUUCUAUUGCAUAGGAAUGUCCAGCAACCAUCUCAGCUAAUAUGGCGAAGCCAGAGGGCGACUUGGACCCACUAUGGCUAGAUCUUGAUUGGGCUAUCGGGCAGAUGCUGCUAAUGGGCUGGGAUGGCACUGAAGUCACCCCGCAGAUCCGUACCCUUAUUGAGGAAUAUCAUCUUGGUUCCAUCAUCCUCACUGCCAAGAACGUGAAGUCCGCUCACGAGACAGCUAGGCUCGUCCAGGAGCUGCAGACCAUUGCCCACAAUGCAGGACACCCGUGCCCCCUGCUCAUUGCCGUGGACCAGGAGAAUGGAGGUGUCAACAGUCUCUUUGAUGAAGACUUCAUCUGUCAGUUCCCAAGUGCCAUGGGGCUGGCGGCUACAGGAAGCCUUGAUAUGGCAUACAACGUAGCCAAGGCUACGGCCAAGGAGAUCUCGGCCGUCGGUGUCAAUCUCAUCAUUGGGCCAGUCCUGGAUGUCCUCACAAACGCUCGUUUCCAACCCAUCGGUGUCAGAAGCAGCGGCGACGACCCCCAAGAGGUCUCGCAGUAUAGUAUUGCUGCCAUAAAAGGCUAUAAAGACGCAGGACUCUCCACAUGCGGCAAGCAUUUCCCAACAUACGGAAACCUGGACUUCAGAGGCUCCAGUCUGGACAUCCCCAUCAUCACACAGACUCUAGAGGAGCUCAGUCUCAGCGCUCUGGUACCAUACAGGAAUGCGAUCGCGACCGGAAAACUGGAUGCCGUGUUCGUGGGUGGCUGUGGAAUCGCAUCCGCCAACAUGAAUGUGUCCCAUGCAUGUCUCUCUGACCAGGUCGUCGACGAUUUGCUAAGGCAAGAGUUGGGUUUCAAGGGAGUCGCCAUCUCCGAGUGUCUCGAGAUGGAGGCCUUAUACCAGGAAAUCGGCGUCAAAGGAGGUACCGUUAUGGCCGUCGAGGCUGGCUGUGAUCUGAUCCUUCUGUGUAAGGAUUAUAACCUGACGAUUGUCAAGAUUCAACUCGAGGGUAUUGCUGGGCUGAAGCUGGGGAUUGAGAAUGGUAUCAUUGGCAGAGACAGGAUCAUGACUUCGAUCAGGCGCAUACUCCAGAUGAAGUCCAAGUGCACUUCAUGGGCCGAAGCCCUUAACCCACCUGGACUAUCUCUGCUCUCACAAAUCCAUCCAUCCCAUCUCAACUUAUCCCGACAGGCGUACGAGAGCUCCAUCACAGUCAUGCGAGAUAAAGACCGACUGCUCCCGCUCUCCCAGUCCAUGGAACAGAACGAAGAGCUCCUGCUGCUGACCCCCUUGGUCAAGCCACUACCCGCCUCAACCGCAACGAGGGCCAUCGAGGCUAAGAACUCCAGAAGCACCAUCUCCACCGAACAUGAUAAGUGGCUUCACCGAGAUAGAGGCGCCAUCAUGAGUGGCGAGGGCGUCUUCAGAGAGCUGGGACGAUCGCUGGCGCGCCAAAGAAACGGAAAGCUUCUGCACACUUCCUACACUGCGAACGGGGUGAGACCUGUCCACGAGAAUCUGAUCAACAGAGCAUCAGGUAUCAUUGUCGUCACAGCAGAUGCAAACCGCAAUUUAUACCAGUCAGGCUUCACAAAGCACGUGGCUAUGAUGUGUUCAAUGCUCCGUGCUAGCGGACAGAAGAAAUCACUUGUUGUUGUUGCUGUCAGCUCGCCCUAUGACUUCGCCAUGGACAAGUCGAUCGGGACAUACAUCUGCACUUUUGAUUUUACAGAAACCGCGAUGCAGGACGUCUCCGCGUAUGUUCACGAGAUUCGAGAGGCUAAUGGACCGAUUGAUCUGGAACAGGCGCUUAUCCGGGCACUUUUUGGAGAGUUCACGCCAAGAGGUACACUGCCGGGCACACUAAGGAAGAGCAAGAAGGUUUCAAAGUCAAGACAGCAGUGGCUCGUCGAGAACUACGAGAGCCAGAGGGACAGGAACAGUCUGAACGACCUCCUCCGGGCUGUUGCGAAAGCCAGUGCGCCGAAUCUCGACUUCUUGAAACUGACGUCUGCCGCGGCGUUUGAGGUGUCCAGUGCGAACAUCGAGGAGUCACAUUUCGUCGUCAGGAACAGCAGCACAAAAGCGCUGUACGGCUUCUGUGCGACUUAUUGCAUCAACAACACUGGCAUUAUCGGUGCCCUCUUGGUUGAACCAAGCAAGAGGAACGUCUCAAUCGGACGCUCGCUUCACCGCCGAGCACUGAGACAUCUUAAACAACACCACGGGGUCCAGAACUUUCAACUCGGCACAUCAUAUCCUUGUGUCUUUCUCGGUAUACCCGUCGACGAGAGUGGAUCUGCAAAGUCGUGGUUCGCCAAUAGUGGCUGGGACACGCAGUUCCCAAGGACACUGACAACUAUGGUCAUCAGGGAUGCGGGCAGUUGGGCGGCACCUGAUGGUCUGACGCAGAGCAUAACGCGCGCCGGAAUCAACUUCGAUCUCAUUCACGGGCUGGACAACGCCGAUAGUGUCCUGCACCACGUCAGUUUGCUUGGACACGACGAGGUUGCGGAGCUGUACAGGUUCGCCCUCCAAGAUGUAAAGACCUGUGGAGUGGUCAGGGCCAAGAAUGGCGCGGGGAAGAUACUCGGAACCGUCAUCAUCUCCUCUCCAGGGAGUUCCUUCCGGCUCAAGGUGCCAUGUCUACAGGGCACAACCCCAAAGGAGCUUGUGGGUGGGAUCAUCGCGCCUCUUGUUGAGUCGAAUGCGCAGGCUACGCUGGUUCUGCAAGGACUGGCUUAUAUGGGGGUGAGGCAGAACAAAGCCCACAAGGCGGCGCGGAGCGUGCUCAGCUGGGUCACGGAUGACUUGCACGAUGCACUGCUAGCCAUGGGCUUCGAAGUCCUCCAGUCGUUUGAGGAAUUCACAAACUCGCCGGAAAAUUGGUCCGACCUGUCUUGAUUCACUCUAUUACACCGACACAGCACAUGGCGUCGGAAGCUUAUAACUCUUUUCUUCCCCCCUGCUUGUCCGGUCGCAUUGCGGCAGCGCAUGUCUACAGCACUCAGAAACACGUUUACUUUCUUGUUGAUUCAUCCGUCGCAUUGAAGUCGUCUCUGACUGGCAGCACAGCCCAGCUCCGCAGCGGCUUUCCUGAAAGCGGUUGUUAAUGGUAAUUCUACAUCCCUGCUCUGUGGCAUGAACGAACGCCCCAGUGGACCACCAACAGCGGUCAUUGAGAGAGAUAAGCGCCCUGGCAAUUUGGGGGAUCCUCCUCCCGCGUCAGAGCCAGAGGGCUUACGACCCCAUGCAAUCAAGCUCGUUUCUAUAAGCUGAAAGUCUUGUAAUGAUGCAGACAGCCCUCUACAAUCAAGAGUAUAUUAUUAUUGUG